CGUGUACGGGAAAUUUUGUGGGGUGCAACAUUUGGCAUUUUUCGAGGGCAGAGCAGUAACGCGAAAAUGAAAACUGGGAUAAACUCCCACGCACUGAUAUUUCAAAUGCAAAGCUAUUGGUGGGUGUGGUUUCCUGGCAUUGAACCGCGAAAAUUAGAACCCACAACAAAUUCUGUUGAGGGCUCUGAAGCCAUAUAACGAAAAUGUACGGUAGAAAGUUAUUGCAUCUGUCUGGCCGCUGUGGGAUAAAGCUCAACACACGCUCAACACACAGGGUGAUUGCUAUGAGCAUAUUAAGAUAAUAGCGCAGACAUAACACACUGAACCAUUAUAAUUAUUGUUUAUUUUGUCACAGUGUUACGUGUAGACACAACACAACAUGGCAUGGAUUAAGUUUCUAUAUUUUGGUCUCUAACUUAGUUGCGGUGAUUGCUCGAUUAACUGUAACAGCUAGUUAAUCAGUUUCUGUGCUGACUGGUCUCAUGUAGGGAUCCAACACCUGCAGGAAAAACACAAGCGGUUUUCUAUAAGUAUUAUAGCUGCAACACAACACAGCAUAAUUAUAUAUAUAGCUAGUAGGGACCUACUAACUGUCUACCAUUGAAGAGAGACUACCCAUGACCUCCAUGCUGUGUGGACUAGUGUGUGUGGUCCUGCUCUCUGGGCUCACUGCACUGGCAGGGGGACAGCCAGUCUACCUGACACUGGGAUCUGGUCCUAGUAUCACUACUAACAAUACUAAUAUCUCUAUCACCUCUAUUGGAGAGGAUGCUACUGAUGGUGGUCUCCCUUCUCUCACCUGUCACACUGACCUCACUACCUGCUGUAGAAGUAGAGCUGACAACAAUGGUAUGGGAGCACUAGGACAGUGGACGAAUCCUAAUAAGAGUGUGAUACUGGGCAAUGGUGCCUCAUUGGCUGCUGGAGAUCAGUUCUACAUUAACAGGAAUGCACCUCAACUCAUCAAGCUGGCUCGUAGGCUGGUUAACAACCCCGUCACUCCAACCGGGUCCUACUGUUGUACUGUACCAACUAGUGGAGGAGAGAUGACUCUCUGUGCUAACCUGGUUUCACCUACUUCAGUCUCAUGUUCUGAUAACCUCCCGACUAUCCCUAAUGGAGGCAUAACCUAUGAUGGUGGAUCCACUGACAACAGACCAGUGGGUGCUACAGCAACUUACAGCUGCCUCGAUCCCUACACUCUGGUUGGAGUGUCAGUGAGGACCUGUGGGAGUGAUGGAGAGUGGAGUGGAUCAUCUCCAGUGUGUCUGAAGAUCUGCUCUGACCUACCCUCACUGACAAAUGGGGACAUUGACUAUGGUGGUGCUGGAUUCACUAGUACUAGCAGCAGACCAAUGGACACUGUGGCCACUCACACCUGUAACACUGGCUACACUCUCAAUGGAGGCAGCACCAGGACUUGUGGGAGUGAUGGAGUGUGGAGUGGGUCAGCUCCGUCUUGUCAGCCUGACUGCCCUGACUUACUACUGACCAAUGGGAUGAUUAUGUACAGUACUGGAUCCACUAACAGCAGACCUUUCCUCUCUAACGCUGUGCACUCCUGUAACCCUGGCUACACUCUCACUGGAGGUGCUCUCACUACCACCAGGGUCUGCGUUACUGGAGCGAGAUGGGGUGAGACAGCUCCAACUUGUCAAGUAAACACAGGACCCACUGCUCCACCCUCCACCUGUCCUGACCUGACUGCUCUGACCAAUGGAAUGAUCAGCUACAAUUUGGGAUCCCCUGACAACAGGCCUAUCUUUUCUGGUGCUGUACACUCCUGCAACACUGGCUACACUCUCACUGGAGGCAGUGCCACCAGGAACUGUGUGAGUGGAGGGAACUGGAGUGGGUCAGCUCCAACUUGUUAUAUGAACACAGGACCCACUGAACCACCCACCACCUGUUCUGACCUCACUGUACCAGCCAAUGGGAUGAUUGGCUACAAUAUGGGGACUGCUAGUCCGAGACCAGUGGGCACUGUGGCCACCUACACCUGUGACACUGGCUUCAUUCUCAAUGGAGGCAGUACCAGAACUUGUGGGAGUGAUAGAGUGUGGAGUGGGUCAGCUCCAACUUGUCAGCGAGCUUGUUCUGAUUUACCACCACUAAUAAAUGGAGGUAUUACCUAUGAGGCUGGAUCUGGUAACAGCAGACCCAUUGCUACCUAUACUUGUGACAAUGGAUACACUGUCACUGGAGGGAGUUUCAGAGUUUGUCAGAAUGAUGGGACCUGGAGUGGAUCAGCUCCAACCUGUCAAGCCACCUGUCCUGACCUCACUAUACCAACCAAUGGAGUGAUCAGCUACAGACUUCCCACUUCAGACUCCAGCCUCAAAGUAGAGGGAACCAUGGCUACACAGAGCUGCUUGAAUGGAUACAUACCCUCCACUACCAGCACUGCUACCAGAGUGUGUAGAGCUGGCAGAUCGUGGAGUGGAUCAGCUCUCACUUGUCAAUCCACUGUCACUACUGGAGGGGACACACCCACCGCUGCUAGCAACACAGGAGGUGUGGUGGCAGGUGUAGUCAUUGUGUUACUCAUUCUAGCCGCUGUCAUUGUGGUGGGUAUCAUUGUCGGGGUCUACUUCUGGAGGAAACUUCGUGGCAACCAGACCAAGUACAGCCCCUCUCCACGCCAUGCCCCUCCCCCUCGCCCCACCUCCUAUCAAGCAUCCUUCAAGAAGAGCAACGGACAAGACAGUAAAGUCACCAUCCAGAAAGUUGACGAGCCUAGUAUAGUAGAGUUUCCUAGUGAUACUCAUGUGACGGAGGGGGAGGCGGUGUAUCUGAGGGUGAAGGUGGGAGGUCACCCUCCACCCAGUCUCACCUGGUACCACGAUGGUAGGAAGGUGACUGCAGACUAUGCCACAGAACUGGACCAGGACGGUGGAUUAUCCUUCCCUAGUGUGGAGACUAAGCAUGCUGGUGUGUAUAAACUGGUGGUUACUGGAGCCUCAGGGUCAACAACACAACAGGUCGUCACGGUAACAGUGAUGAGUGAGGGUGGUGAGGCUAGUGAGGGGGUGGAGGGGGUGGACUACGCCUCCAUACCUGUGACAGAGUUUGGAGCGUACGUGGCUGACCUCCAUGCUGGCAGCAAUAAGAAGUUCAAAUAUCUUUACAAGAAUCUGGACAGUGGGGAGAGGGGUCAUCCAGUGAUUAUUUCAGUGACUCCUGAGAACAAACUCAACAACAGAUUUGGCAACAUUGCUGUGUAUGAUGACAACCUCAUUAUCCUAGACCCCAUCCCUGGACAAGAGGACUGUCAGAGUGACUACAUCAAUGCCUGCUAUGUAGACGGGUAUAAGAAACCUAAAAAGUUCAUAGCAACACAAGGACCACUGCCAGGAACUCUGGUGGACUUCUGGCGUCUCAUGUGGCAGGAGAGACCACCCAUAAUAGUCAUGCUCACCAACGUCAUGGAGAACAACAAGAUCAAGUGCGAACAGUACUGGCCAGAGUCUGGGAAGAAGCAAUUUGGCCCAUUCACAGUGGCCAUUACAGAUCAGCAAAUACUGGCUGACUACACCAUCAGGACACUGGAGGCUUCAUUGGAUGGAGACCGCCGUGUGCUGAGAGUCAAGCUAUUCCAUUUCACUGCCUGGCCUGAUCAUGGUGUGCCUGACUAUGCCACGCCCAUUCUUGGGUUCCAUCGUCGGGUUAAGUCUCAGCACAAGCCAUCGAAAGGUCCUAUUCUGAUCCACUGCAGUGCUGGUGUGGGACGCACAGGCACUUACAUUGCCAUUGAUAACGUCCUCGAUCAGAUCUCAGUCGAAGGUCUCAUCGAUAUUUCCGGUACCAUUGUCAAAUCUCGCAACCAGAGAAUGAAGCUUGUACAAACACAGGACCAAUAUGUGUUCAUCCACGAUGCUAUCCUGGAGUCAGUGACAUGUGGAGACACUCAGAUCAGUGCUGGAGAUCUGCGCAGACAAAUACAGAAGAUGUCAUCAGUGCUCCCGGGAAAAACCAUCUCAGAUUUCCAAUACCAGUUCCAAAUUCUGGAACAGGUUACUCCAAAUCCUAAAGAAGUUCGAAGUCCUAUUGCUGUUAAGAAUGCUGCCAGGAACAGGAACAUGGACUACCUGCCACCUGAGACCAGUCGUGUGAUUCUGAAGGGAGAGCAACCUGACUACAUUCAUGCUGUGUUUGCUCAUGUAAGUGUUCAACUACUAUAGAGCCCUUGACCUAUUGUACUCUCAUGGUCCCCUCCCUUCCUCCAGGGCUACAAGCACCAGAAGGCAUACAUCAUUGCCCAGAAUCCACUGGACUCAACUGUGCGUAACUUCUGGAAGGUGAUCUAUGACAGGAAGUGUGCUGCUGUUGUGAUGUUGACUCCACUCAGUGAGAAUGGGCAGGAGGCAUGCUCCCAGUACUGGCCAGAGAGUGGCAAUGUCACCUCCUUCGGUGAGUUCACCAUCGAUAACUUGGGGGAGGAAACCAACACUGGGUUCAUUAUGAGGCAACUGAGCGUCCUCAAUGAAAAAACCCAAAAGACCCAUCAAUUGACUCUGUUCCACAUCACUAACUGGAAUAGCAGUGGAAAAUGUGAGAACCUCAAGACUGUAACUGACGUCAAUGAGGAGGUUAUAAAGGUUCAAAGGAGGACUGGAAACAACCCUGUACUGGUCCAUUGCAAUGACACUGCGACCCGCUCUGGUAUGUACUGCUCUGUAGGUACUACCAUUGACCGUUGCAAGACAGAGGGAGUGGUGGAUGUGUUCCAGGUGGUCAAGGCUCUCAGGGUCCACAAGCCAGGGGCAGUACCCUCAGUCGUGAGUUCAUCUGCUGCUUACAUAGUGGGAGGCUUGUACCAUUACAAGAGCCAGACCUUGUUUAGUAGGGCCUGUAUACCAACACAUACCAUGCAGGUUGUCUUAAUUAAUUCCCAAUACCAAGAUGUUCUGAAAGCAGCUUCAAGCCUCUGUACUGUUGAUUAGUGCCAUUUGCAAUGUAGUUUUGUAUCAUCAUGUGAUUGCGCGUCAAUCAAUUUGACUGCCACGUGCAGAGAUGAUAGCCUCAGAUAGGGUCAAGUUUACAGACGCUAGCGGCUUCUAUUGCACUGAAGAUGGGCUGUAGGGAGGCUACUAUUUGAGGGCGGCCUUUAUACAAGAGCGGCCUCUGAUCAAGCAAAUACUGUAGUAGUGUAUCC